GACAAUCUUACCAUUCUCAGCUCUCUCAGGUUAUCGAGCUGACGAGUGCGCGCUCAGUGCCAGACCAUACGGAGCAAACACACGGUUACAGCCGGAAUGCGGUAAGCUUCAAGUUGUCUUCUAUUGUUCGUCGAAAUGUAGGCGUCGCUGCUACCACCGCGUCCCCGUCGCUGCCGCACCCUCGUAAUCAGCAUGCGUCGAGGCUUUUUACUAAACAAGUCUCUCAGCGACGAGGGCAAGUCUGGCCGUCAGCCAGUGUCAUCUGCCUCGAAGCCGCUGAACAAGGAGACUGAGCGCGGAGUCCACGGCGAGGCACGCGAGCCUCGAGCCACCGCAGAAGUCGCUCGGGUCCCCAUCCCCGCGAUUCACAUCCCGGCCAUACCACACCAUGAACUUAUAGCCGCCGCGCUCACACUCGGUACGCAGAUCACCCUCCACGUUGUCCAUCUCCCUCUUCCUCCCUCAGAUCUUGCUUACGCCGAGCAUACUACCACCUGCAUCCUCCUCUCCGGCCAAGCCCCCCAGAUUCUCGCAUCACCGGGCUUUCCACGGGAUCCGGCGCGUCCACGUCAUGCGCACCUCUACGACAUCCGCCCGGUCCCUGCGCUACCAGCACCGGAACAAAUCAACACAGAAGUGGAGCUAGGGCUCUUCGCUACCUCCUCCCUGGAGCCAGGCGACCUCAUCCUGAGCGAACGACCGCUCCUCCUCACCCUACGCGCACUCCCCGCGGGCUCCGCGCCCGGCACGAGCGCGGAUGACAUCCUCGAGCGCGCGGCGGAAGCGAUGCCCGCGCGAGAGCGGCGUGCCUUCCUCGCGCUCCGCAACUGCAAAACACACGGCGACCCCCGGCUCUCGCGCGCACGGGGCAUCGUGGCUACGAACGCCCUCGGUAUAGGUUCCCUCCCUGGGCACGCGGGCGACUGCGCGGUCGUGUGCGAGCGGACCUGCCGGGCGAACCACAGCUGCUCCCCGAACGCCGUCGCGCGCUGGGACCUCCCCUCGUUCUCGGUCGAGCUCCGCGCCCGGCGGCCGGUCCGCGCGGGCGAGGAACUGACGAUCUCCUACCUCCCCGACUUGACCCUCCCCCGCGCAGCGCGCGUCGACCUCCUCCGCGCGUCCUACGCGUUCACCUGUGCGUGUACUGCGUGCGCCCUCUCGGGUGCCGCCCGCACGCGGAGCGACGCGCGCCGGGCGCUCCUUGCGCGACAGCGUUCGCUCGGGUACGACGACGCGCGGUUCGCGGGGUGGUUGAGGGAGGGUGCGGGCGAGCGGGUCGUCGCAGCGUGCGAAAGCGUGAUGGCUCUGAUCGACGAGGAGGGCUGUGUCGAGGAUGGGGUGUGGGCCGUGGGCCUGCAUUGGUUGUGCAGGGCGUAUUGCGCGCUGGGGCGGGAUGAGGAGGCGAGGGCGUGUGCGCGGCGCGCGACGGGGCUGGCGAGGGCGUUCACGGGAGGAGACGGUGGGUGGGCGAGGGUAGCGGAGGAUCCGCGGAUGACGGAGAACUGAUAUUGUCAGACUUUGUUGCGACGUCUGGAAGCGAGUGGGUAUUGAGGCUGCUUGGAGACGUGAGCUCGAACGCCAUAUGUACCUAUCUCGAGACGUAUGCCAGCGUGGCUAUGAGUAUUUCGUCGGGGUGUGUGGAGGUUCUCGGCCUUCUACGGUGUCAACAGAAGUCAUAUGAACACCAUGAACAGUGGCAUCA